CAAUCACAUUCAUCCUUUGUGUUAGGAGUUUAACUGCUUGAUUGAAUGUUUGUGAAACAAUUUAGUUCUCUUAUAAUUUUGCUUGAAUCGGUUAGUUUAAAUAAAUAUAAUCACUUUAAAAAAAGAAAAGAAAAAUGGUUUGGGCAAAGCUAGAAAAAUUCCGGUGUCCUGCGUGUCCACUAUCAUUGUUUACAACGCCUGGGGACUGGGUUUGUGCCCGUGAUAGGACUCCUGUAUUUAUCAAUGAGAAAGGUGUUAUGGAAUGUGGAAAUGGAAAUCACGCAGGCAAUGUGUGUAAAUGGGGGUGGACAUGUGGCUCUCAAUACCACAAGGGUCGCUUUUUCGUAGCUGACCUCGAGGGGUUUGUGUUUGCUACUUCGCAGGCUCAGGAGCUUACAGACCAAAUGGGGGCCAAGUGGGUGGCAGAACUUGUUAGAGCACUUGGCAAACAAUUCAAAAAGUGAACAUCUUCGCGCCCAGAAAGGGAGAGUGCAAGAAAAUGUGCACACUUGAAUUUUCCAGUUUUGUAAUUUUGCAAUUAACAAAUUAAUUUCAUUGUGAUAUACACUUAUUGUUAUUAAUAUCCUUAGACAGCAUUAAACGGUGCCUAAUGACAUUUCAUUCUUAAACGGCUUGUGGAACUUAAUAUAGUAAAGUGUACAAGAAAGCAAGAUCACCUUUCCUUCAUGUGAACUUUUCCAUUUUAAAGCUCAAUUUAUUUUGUGUUUCUAUGAUUAACCUUCAGUCAAUUGCAGUAAUAAUUUUAAUUUCAUUAUCAUUUAACACUCAUUCCUAUUAAUAUGAUUAGACAACAAUUAACGGUGGCUAAUGCAAUUUCAUUCUCCAACUGCUUUAAACAGUGACUUAUUGAAUUUAAUAUAGUGUACAUGAGAUCAAGAUGACCUUUCUUUAAUGUGAACUGUUACAUUUUAAAGCUGGAUUUAUUUCUUAUUGUUUUUCUAUUAUUUACUUAAGUCAUAUUUAUUUUUAGUGUCAAGGUAACUUUUGUUAUAAUCCUUAUUGAAAGAAGGUAGACUGAAGAUUACAAUGAAAUAUGUUUAUUGUUCUAAACUUGAAUAUGCACUUCUUUUUUCUAAUGACUAACAAAAUAAAUAAAAUAAAAUGCUUUGAAAUAUA